AUGCUAACUGCACAGCAGUUAGAAUUUAUAAAAGAUCUUAUAAAUAUAUUGAGACCAUUAGAAGUAAUAACUAAAGAAAUAUCGGGAGAAGACUACGUUACAGCCAGUAAAUUUAUACCCAUCGUGUCUUGUCUGACUGAAACAUAUAAUACAAUGAAAAAUUCAACGGAUAUUGGUGUUAAAACAAGGACUUUAAUUGUGGACGGCUUGAAGAAAAGAUUUGCUGCGACCAUUUUAGAUCCUAGAUUUAAAAAAAUUCAUUUUACUGACCAUGUAGCCUGUUCUCGAGCGAUAAAUAAAAUAAACACUUCAAUUUUGGAUAUUACACGACAAUCACUUCCACAAAAUAAUAGUGAGGAAGUCGACGCAAUAGAAAGCACUGAUAAGGAUAUGAAAAACAGAAUAUGGGAUUUUCAUAAGUUGCUUGUGAAAAAGCAACUCUCUUUAUGCAAUGCACUUGCACAGGAAAAUAAAGGCUUAAAUGAAGAAUUCAAACAUUAUUUAUCGCAGGCAGUUGUGCACCUGAAGUAUGAUCCUGUACUUUACUGGCAAGAACAAAAGAGCUCCAUUUAUCAUCACGUUCACCCAAUCGCCAUGAUGUAUAUGAGUAUCGUUGGAUCAUCGGUUCCUUGUGAGCGCCUGUUUUCAAUUGCUGGAAACAUCGCAAAUGAUGAGCGUAACCGCUUGGAUCCCAAAAGGCUUGACAGACUGUUGUUUUUAAAAAGUUUAGAUAUUGAGCAUUGGGAAUUAUAG